AUGGGCGACACGAGAAGCCCAUCCCAUUCGUCGCUGAGCUGCUCUUGCCUAGUGAGCGUUCUGUUCUUGACGCUUGUGACGACGACGAGGGGGUGCAUGAAGGCGGAGAGGGACGCCCUCCUCGCCUUCAAAGCCGGCAUCCUCGACCCAUCCCGCCGCUUGUCCUCGUGGCGUCGCCCAGUGGACUGCUGCAGAUGGAGCGGCGUUGUGUGCGACAACACCACGGGCCACGUCGUGCAGCUCAACCUCCAGAAUGCGGAGGCUUACUACGACAAUUCGACGGUGUUGGGGGGUGAGAUCGGUCCAUCUUUGCUUUCUCUAACUCAUUUGCGUCGCUUGAAUCUCACUCAGAACGACUUCGGCGGCGCCCGAAUCCCCAAGUUCUUGGGUUCUUUUGGGAGACUCAGAUAUCUGGAUCUCUCUUAUUCCAAUUUCGGCGGAGCCAUUCCUCCCCAGCUGGGUAACCUGUCAACCCUCCGCUAUCUGAGCCUGUCCUCGUACAACUUGAGGAUCGACGCGGGGGACGACCUACAGUGGCUCUCGCGUCUCUCUUCUCUAACAUUCCUCCAAAUGAACUUUGUGAACCUCAGCACGGCCUCUCCCGAUUGGCUACGAGCCGUGAACCAGCUGCCCUCCCUGCAGCAACUCUAUCUGUCAGGCUGUGGUCUCACUGCCCUCCCCGACUCUCUUUCCCGCGUCAACCUCACGGCUCUCACCACCCUCGAUCUCCGUGGCAACUUAUUCAACUCCACCUUUCCCAGCUGGCUUUUUGAACUCCGUAGCCUCUCCUAUCUCGCGAUCAGCAAUUCUGAAUUGUAUGGCACCGUACCUGCCGGCUUUGGGAACUUGACUCGUCUCGCGCAGCUCGACCUUAGCGGCAACUCGCUUUCCGGUUCCAUACCUGUCGAUCUCUGGAGUUUGGCCAGUCUAACCACACUUGAUCUCAGCCAUAAUUCAUUUACGAGUCCCCUUCUACCUGAAAUCGGGAACACGACAAGUCUGUCGCAGCUAAACCUCGUUUAG